AUGAAUAACGGAAGCGACUCCGGAGUCAUCUAUGACGAAAUCACAGAACGUUUGUACAUCGCCCUUCAAGGAGACCGAGAUUUCGACGACCCACCCAUCGGAGACCCAGGCCUCGAAGAAACCCAUCAUCGACGACCCGCCAGUCGAAGUACCCCUUCUUCAACUCCGACCACAACCACAACCACAACCACAACCACAACCACAACCACAAUCAUUCCGAUCAUCGAGUUGAUUGCUUUGAUCGCCAUGGUUUUCAUCCUCCUCUUCGACUACUUUCCUCCUAAACCCGCGCCCACUCGAACCGGACCACCACCUCCAACACCAGCCGGACGGUGA